CAGACCGCAUUUCUGGCGCGGCAUUGCCACGGGUUGGGUUACGCUGCACCGGAAUUGUUUUUUUAUAUUGACAUACGUCCGAUAAUCCAACCAGCCAGCCAGCAUGUCUGCCGAGGAGAGGGGAUCGGCGGCGCGCAUGCGCACCUUCAAGAACCGCGGCAAGGACUCUGAAGAGCUGCGCCGCCGGCGCCAGGAGACCAGCGUCGAGCUGCGCAAGGCCAAGAAGGACGACCAGAUCCUGAAGCGGCGCAACAUCUGCCUGAGCGAGGAGGACGCGGCCACCAGCCCGCUGCAGGAGUCUACCAAGGCCAACUCCGCCAAGCCGCCGUCGCUCAGCAUCGACGAGAUCGUCGCAGGCAUCCUGGGCUCGGACAAGUCGGCGCAGCUGACGGCCGUGCAGGCGGCGCGCAAGAUCCUCAGCCGGGAACGCAACCCUCCCAUCGACACCAUGAUCCAGGCGGGCAUCGUGCCGCACUGUGUGCGCUUCCUCACGCACGCCGACAACCCGCAGCUACAGUUCGAGGCCGCCUGGGCGCUCACCAACAUUGCCUCGGGCACCUCCGAGCAGACCAAGUUCGUGGCAAACCAGGGCUCGGUGCCGCACCUGAUCGCGCUGCUCAGCUCGGAGCACCAGCACGUUGCCGAACAGGCGGUCUGGGCGCUGGGCAACAUCGCCGGCGAUGGGCCGGAGCUGCGCGACUACACCAUCGGCUGCGGCAUCGUGCCGCCGCUGCUGGCGCUCGUGCGGCCCGAUACCAACGCCCACUUUUUGCGCAACGUCACGUGGACCGUCAGCAACCUGUGCCGCAACAAAAACCCGCCGCCGCCGUUCGAGACUGUGCAGCAGUGCCUGCCGGCGCUGGCGCUCCUCAUCCACCACACGGACACGGAGGUGGUGACGGACGCGUGCUGGGCACUCUCCUACCUCACCGACGGCAGCAACGACAAGAUCGAGCGCGUCAUCGAGGCGGGCGUUGUGCCGCGCCUCGUCGAGCUGCUCGGCUCCGAGGAGCCGACCAUCAUCUCGCCGUCGCUGCGCACGCUGGGCAACAUCGUGACGGGCAGCGACGCUCAGACGGACACGGUGGUGAAGGCCGGCGCCAUGGCCUACUUCCCGCGCCUGCUGGCGCACACCAAACCCAACGUGGUCAAGGAGGCCGCCUGGACCAUCAGCAACGUGACGGCCGGCAACCUGGACCAGAUCCAGGCCGUCAUCGACGCGGGCCUGCUCGCGCCCGUGCUGGAGGUGCUGCAAAAGGGCGACUACCGGUCGCAGCGGGAGGCGGUCUGGGUGAUCCUGAACCUGACGUCGGGAGGCUCCCAGGAGCAAGUGGCCGAGUUCUGCCGGCUGGGCGUCGUCAAGCCGCUGUGUGACCUGCUGGCCGCCGAGGACGCCAAGCUGGUCACCGUCAUCCUGGACGCACUCUCCAACAUCCUGCGGUUCGCCGAGCAGAUGGGCCAGGAGGGCACCGUGGCGCUGCAGGUGGAGGAGUGCGGCGGCCUCGACCGCAUCGAGGCGCUGCAGUCGCACGAGAACGAGACCAUCUACAACAAGGCCGCCACCAUCAUCAGCAAGUACUUCAGCGACGAGGAGGACGAGGACUCGCACGUGGCGCAGCCGGCCGCCGACGCCGCUGGCUUCCAGCUCAGCGUGGACACGGACGCGGCGGUCGGCGGCGGCUUCCAGUUCUAGCCGGGCCGCGGCCUGGCGGGCGGCGCGGCGUGUGCCACCGGGCGCGCCGCGGUCGCCCGACGCCAGACGACGUCGACAGCUGUGAUGUGUGCAGGACUGUGGGACUGGGGACUUUUAUCCUGCAGGCGCCGGGCAGUCGGCGGACCGACCUGACGCGACCGGACUUGACCUGACCUGACCUGACGUGUGAUUGGGCCAUUAGGGGCGACGGGGCGCGCUGCUCCGCUGCGGAAUUCAACCUUCCUGCUGUCUGUCUCUCCGCGCCGCGAUCGCGCUCGUGCGAGUGUCCGUGUGAGCCACUGUUUCCCGCCGGGGGCGCCGUCCGGCCGUCAUCGGAUAUUUUAUGUUUUAGUCGUUCGAAUAUUUUGUAAGGAAAUAAAUGUAUUCGAUUGUUGAG